ACGUGGUUGGAAUGCGCAACAAGCCAGUCAAAACUACACAACGAAGCUGUCCGGAACCAGAGACCAUCUCAGUCGUGUUAGUGUGCGAGCUGUCGACCCUCAUGUUGGAACUAGGCGAUUGGUGAUUGGUAGCGACCUUCGAGGUUAUCGUCCUCAGCUCAGGCAUUAAAAUGUUAGAAGCUGCAGAAAGUAGGGACCCAGGAUCCCGGCGAAGAUGAAGAGAUAUACGAUCAAGCACCUUCUUUGGGUGCUCUUGUUAUGGUUGCUGUUGGUGGAAGUUUUGGGCGAAGAUGGUGUUACCAGCAAAUCGGAGAAACAUCUGGUCAUCAAGCAAGAGUCCGGACCAAAGGGUAACUCUUCGGUCCGUUCUUUUGUUUCAACCAAGGUUUCAAGAGCAUUCACAAGCACUAGUAGUUUUGAUGAUGGGAGAAUAACAGACAAACCACCUGAUGAAAGACAAAGUACAAUUAGGUUAAGCAAUGAUAGCGUGGACUUGUCAAAAAACACAGUCCCUGUUCUGAAGUACCCAGUUUCGACUGAGUCAACUUUGAAAGAGAAGUACCGGAGAACGACUGAGAGCCCUGAGACUACUCCGUUGAAGAAAGCCUUUAAGCUAACAAAACGGAACAUGACUCGUACGCGGCCAUCGGACCUCACUACACUUUUGGUCUACAAUGCACUGACCCCCAGUCGCUACCCAAGCACUACUCAAGUGGCUGAGGCGAUGCCACCAACUGCUUGGGCUUUGGCAAGCCUCAAGGGUCCUGCACCCCCUCCUGGUGUGAAGCCAUUCGUCAACUGGUCCACCAGGCUCAGUAGGACAACCACACCAUCUCCAAUUACUACUGAGGUGACUGAUUUAGUCACAGAUGCAAGUACAACAAUGGAACCAGAUACAACUGGUUUUGAUAUUACAGCACCAGGAAAUGAGGAAAUAGAAACAACUUUUGAUGGUAACGAUACAACUUCAACUAUUGCAAACCUUGAGCUCACUACUCUGCCUGUUACGACAGAAGCUAUGGCUGAAGUUACUACUUUGAAAACUGAAGAAAACACAAUUUCAGUCCCUCCGUUAGCCUUUCUCAAAAACACUUCAUUCAAUAUAGAAAAUGGUGAAUUUUUUCCUUUUAUUAUAUCAGAAUCUCCAAAAAAUCUCACUCCUGAACCGACUAUCGUUACCAACGAUAGCUCUGUGGAUAACUUGCAACAAAAUUCUGUUGAAGUCGAACAAACCAAAAAUUUUACUAAUUCACUACCUUUAACAACGCUAGCAUUUACAAGACUGAAUGAAUCAACUACAUCUGGAGAAAUUUUCAAAGCAUCGAGUGAAAAUAGUGAUUUCGCUUUUGACAUUACUGAUGAUUCUGAUAAAAAAUCUUUGCAAGAAGCAGAUCCUAGUAUUAAUACAAUUAAUGAGAAAAAGCAUGAUGAACAAGUUUCGACAAGCACUGUCAUAUCUGCUGUAAACUCAACCGUAACAAUGCACAUCACCUCUCCAUCCUCCAAAAUACCCAAAAAAUCUAAUUCAACUGACUUUAAUGAUGUCAAUCAUAACAUAUCUGAUGAGGAAUCAGCCAAAAAUUUACCCCUUACGUUAGAAACUACUACUCUUUCUAAUAGUGUCUUUCAAUCAUCCCUUCCGCCUAAAACGGAAAAUAUUGACUCUCCAAUCAAUGAAGCUAAUCAUACUACCAAUGAUAUUAAAGUAAAAGAAAUAAACAAAAAGAUGGUACCCAUUCUUUCUGUAGUUAAUGUUAGUUCCGAAAUCCCUUCAACAAUAAGAUCUAAUGAAAUAAAACCUGAGCCUAUUAGCAGCAACACUAUUAAAACUAUGAAUAUAACCGAUUUUCAAAUAGAAUCAUUUCCUAACUAUGUAAAAGAACUCACUGAAACCACACAGUCCAAUGAUAUACAAGUUCAAGAUCAAAUAAAACCUGUCAAUAGAACAUUAACAUCACAAAAUUCUUCCGUUUCUCAGAAAUUACCAGAAAAUAGAAUAUUAAUUUCCUCUACGACACAUUUUCCUUUAAUUAAUACAACUUUUCUACCGUCAACUACAAUAACCGAAGAGAAUCUGAACAAUUAUACAAUGAUAAAUAAUUCGACAGUAUCAAUUAAUGAAACACUUGCAACUCUUCCUCCUGUUACUACAAUAGAAUACACUACCACUACGAACUAUAAUUCAACAACAGUUAUGUUUAACAAUAAGUCCAUCACUAUUUUAAAUUCUUCAUCAACAACUACACCUUCUACCUUUAAUUAUACCUCUGAGAGCGCUACUUACGAUGCUCCGUCAUCAUCUACUUCAGAAAACAUUACAACAGCCCCUAACAUUUCGAAAGCAGAUGCAGUUCCUACAACUACCCCAAGUUCUACUACUAAAUCAAACGAGAUUAAAGAGCAAGAAUUAGUAACGGAAAUUCAUCAAUUCCCUUCGGAUAGCAAUGGAACAAACUUUGAUUCAGAUUCCAAAAAUUCAGUAAAAAAUGACACUUUUGUUUUUCAUGAAGGAGAAGAUGGAGAUGAGGAUGAUACCUUAUCAUAUAAUCAAACAGACAUAGAGAGAAAAGUACCUCAAGAUACUAUCAACAAUAAUGAAAAUGAAGAUAAUGGUGAUGAUUUGUUAGAAACUGCAGUUAACGGAAGCAUUUCAGUCACAGUUAGAAAUUCCUUUAACAAGACAACAACACCAGUACCUGUUACUCGGUUCUCAUCUGUUAAAACAACAACAAUUUCUGAUGAAGUAACGAUUAUUGAUGAUGACCAUACAAAUAUUGAUGAUGAUACAAUAUACGAUACAGGAGUUAUAAUGAGCAUUUAUGUUCGAUUGGUUAUUCGAGCAACCUACCAUGACUUGUGUAAAAACAAAGAUCAGCUGAAAGAUUCAAUUGUUAAAGUAUUCAAAAAUUAUGCUGAAAGGACCAUAAACAGACGCCAGGUGAUGAUAACAAACUUAGGAAUUAAUGAUUGUACAGAAUUCCGAGAUGAAAUGGAGUCGAGACUUAUACCCGUUCAUAUAAUGCUUACAAAUAGUCAAGGUCAAUACGAUAAGGGCCUCAAUGACCUUUUCAUCUCUCUUGCAAGACGUAAAAAUCUUGAUUUCAAAUAUCCAAUUUCACAGGUUGAAAAAGUGCAGCAAGAAGCGUUGUUGGAAACAGAAUCUCAAAUCAGUGGCACCAUGGUCGCUGUGAUCAUUAUUUCUUCUAUAGCAGCAGUUUGUUUAUUCGCUUUGACAAUUUUAUUGGUUAUCAUGAGAAAAAGGCAAUCUGGUUUUAAUUACGGCCAAAGAUGCACGCCUGUUUCUCUAGACGAUUACAGCCUUGAUAAUAUAUCUGUGUACAAUAGUGUCAGGAGGAAAGCGAUCCGAGCCUCGAAACGAUCUUACGGAAAUCCAGCCUUUGAUGACCCAGAUGCAAUCUCCAAUCCAGUAAAUUUUGCUGGUUUGUCCAAUAUGGCUUCCGACAAAUCUAAAACAGAUGAAGAGUUUUCAUCACUUCCGCAAGUAGUUGUUAAACCGGAUGAACUACCUCCUGGAGCUGAAAUUAAAAAUCGAUAUGCGAAUGUUAUUCCAAUACCUGAAACUAGAGUUCAGCUACGUUCCCCUUCACCAGAAGAUCAAUUUAUAAAUGCAAAUUACGUCAAGGGUGCGAAAGGGGCUGACAAAUUUUAUAUUGCUUGUCAAGCCCCUCUUCAAAACACUAUAGAAGACUUCUGGAAGAUGAUCUGGGAUGAACAAUCAAGGUUGAUAAUAAUGCUUACAGCCCUUACAGAAAAUGGCGUGGAAAAAUGUGCUGAUUACUUACCCCCAUCGGAAGUGCUGGAUUGCCACAGAGUGUUCGGUGAUCUUCAAGUAACAUUGAAGAAGAGAGAAGCAAGAGAAAAAUAUGUUAUAUCCAGUUUACAAUUGAAGAAUCUUGAAACAAACCUUUGGAGAGAAGUGACACAUAUGUGGUACGCUGGAUGGCCUCCUACAGGUGUUCCUCCGGAACCUUCUUCAGUGAUAGCUUUCUUAAUAGAAGCCCGGUCAUAUUCUAAAUCAUCACCGAUUGUUGUCCAUUGCUCGCCUGGUACUGGGCGCACAGGGACUGUGAUUGCGAUUGACAUUGCUAUAAGAGACUUUGAGGCUGGUAGGAGUGUUGAUAUACCAAAAACAGUGGUUCAAGUGAGGAGAGGAAGAGCAGGAGCUGUACAAACGAAGGAUCAAUACUCUUUUAUAUACAAGGUGCUUCAUUUGUAUGCUACAAAACUUACUGGUGGUGGCCUGGACUCCAUUUAAACUUUCGAUUAGAAACAUAAAUUGAAGCUUUGUAUAUUUUAAGACAUAAAGUUCCUGCUAAAGUUCUGUAAUUUGAUAUGUCUUAUUUACUUGUUUAUGUUAAUAUGUAUUUAUUUCUAAUAUAUAUAAAUAUUGUAUAAUUUUGUCUUGAUUUUCAAAGCUGUGAAUGAAAAAAACAAAAAACAGAUUCUAUAAUGAGAUGUUAGUUUUAUGUAUACAGCACACUCUCAAUAUUCCAGCAAGUAUCUGAUAUAAUACUGGGCUGUGUUUAAUUAUUUAGUUAUGAAAAGUAUUAUUAAACAUUAAAAAAAAAAUUACUUUAUAAUAAUUAAUUUGUUUUUUAAUUUGAACACUUGAAGCAUCAAUUUAAUUUUUGUUUUUUACCUAUUUUACAUUCACAAAAUACAUUUGGUAACAAUAUAUAAUUUGAAGUGCCCAGGUUACGUAGAACAUUCUUUCUAAAUCUGUAUAUAUAUAUCUAAGGAUUAAUAAUAAUUGUUUUAGUCCAGUGCUGUGACGAGUUUAGUUUACUUCUGUAAAUUUUAAAUAACAUCUUUAUUCUACUAAGGAAACUUUUUUUUUCACAAAUUUAUUUAUAACAGACUCUGCCUUUUCUCAAACUGACAUGAUUUAGUUAAAAAUGCCAGAACCAGUAAUCAUCAUUUAUAUUAAUAACAUUAAAAUGUAUGUAAUUAAGAAAUAUUGAUUAUUGUUUUAUUUAUAUUCAUCCAUUCAUUAAAUACAAAAUUGGUAAUAUAAACAUAAAAGAAAUAAUAAUGAAACUAAUAAUUUAUUAAUUUUAUAAAUCGUUGAUUUUCAUUUGUUUUUUCAACUCUAGUUUAUCAUGUACUAUUUUCAAACCACCAUUUCAUUAGUAUUAAGACGUUUGUAAAGAUAAUGGGUUUGAAUAUUGAUAUUAUUAAUAAAUAUAAAAUUAAAAACCAUAGUAGUUUGUGGUAUGAGUUUCCGAUAAACUUUCAUGAAGGAUUUGGUAUCUUGCCGGAUAUAAGAGAGUUUACUGUAUUUUCUAUUACUCCUUGAUCUGAAAAUUGGGACCAAAGAUUCCUUUCAACAUUUAAAAUGUAAAUAAUUACUCCGAUGCUGCUAGUAUCAUAUGAUGUUUUGUUGAAAUUGUUAAUCUAUUUUUUAAAUGUUGCUUCAUUUUUUAAAUCUUUUUUUUUUGGUGCAGUUAUUUCAUAUUGGCACUGUAGACUGUGAUCUAUGUUAUGAGAAAUUGUAUUUAAAAUUCUAUUUAUAUUUAAUUUUAGUUACAUUGCAUUCAAGUGCUCUCUUGAUAAAUUAAAACGUUAUGGAAGUAACUUGAGUUAAUAUUAAAUUUUUUUAACUCAAGUUUUGUGAUGAAUAUAUGAAUGUAUGUAGGAUUUGUAUUUUGUAUACAGUAGUCAUGGAAAUAAUCGCAUGCUAUUGUUAAUUUUUAAGAGCUGUUUCUUAUAAUUUGUAUUAAUUAUUUCUAUAGUGAGUGUUCUAUAAAUAUUUAUGUAGAAUACAAUUUAUAUAACAUAUUUUAUAAAGUAUUUAUAUAAUAUAUUAUAUAUAAAUGUGUAUUUUUAUUGAUAGUAUUGCUUAGUAUUUACGUUUUAUACAGAAUGUCCAAGAAAAAAUACAUAUCACAAAUGUUCAUACAUAUAUUUAUAGAUACAUACAUAUAUGUAUAUAAUUACUAGUUUUUUUUUCUUUUCUAAACAAACAAAAUUUAUUAUUCUGUUUAUUGUAUUAUAGAUCUGGAGUUGUAUUAUAUUUUUGUUAUAAAUGUGAAACUAUUAAAAAGAAAUAAUAUGCUUUUUUUUUCUUUUAAUUACUUGAAUCAAUUUGACUAUUAUUAAAUUAUGGAAUAUUUGAAUUUUCAGUGGUUAAAUACAAAAAGAAUUGUUUGUUCUGGGACAAAGUAUAUUUUGACUAAUACUCAGCGUAUGUAAAAAGCUGCAAUGAGUUAGGGCUACGUUGAUAUCAAUUAUAUUGAGAUCAAUCAAACUGGUUGAUAUAAAUGUUGUUUACUUUUAUUGAAGUUUCUUCAAUAUUAUUGAGAGUGCCAAUAUAAUUGCUAGUAAAAGGGCUAUAUUGAACAAUAUUAAAUCAUAUUUGAGGAUCUAGAACCUCGAGAAGCGCUGGCUGAUAUUUAUUUAUCUAAUAGGUACAGAGCAGGAGCCCGUGUUUGUUGGAGGGGGGGAGAAUCCGUCCCCAUACAUCUUCAUUUUUUUAAAGGCUAAAUGGCAAUAUUCUGUGACAUAUUAUGUUUUUUCCAAAAGUUAAUUUUGUAUUAAAUAUUAAACAAUUAGAAAACAAGAAAAUAUACAAUUUGAAAGAACAAAUGUUUUAAUUUUAAGCAGCAAAAGAAACAUUGCAAAUAACACAAAUAUUAAGGUUACUUUAUAUAGUGAUUAUAAAACACAUUAUUGAAAUAUUCCAUUCCUAUACAUCCUCAUAACAAUGUUGGUAUUAACAGUUGGUAAUAAAUUCUGGUAAUAAAC